UGAUGUCAUUCGUCUUUGAAGCAAUAGAAAGAAAUUAAAAAGACGAAAAAUACUUUUAUUUUCUUUGAUGCUGAUCGGAUCUUUGGUUUGGAAAACACUAAAUGGCUGUUAUUCUUGGACGAUAUCUGUUGCAAUGGAAAAAUAGCCGAAUUUUAUUUCGUCAAUCAUUGUUUCGAGCUAAUUUUUUCACCGAUCAUUUACCGAUCAUACAGACAAAUGUGGAUCCAAAUUCAGAUGAAUUUAAAAAAAGAGAUGCUGAAAUGCGAACAUUGGUUCAGGAUUUAAGAGAGAAAAUUCAACACACAUCAUUAGGUGGUGAUGAACGAUCAAGAACGAAUCAUAUGAAAAAAGGAAAACUUUUAGUCCGUGAUCGUAUCGGUAAAUUAUUGGACGUGAAUUCCAGUUUUCUUGAAUUCUCUACUUUAGCCGCUCAUGAAUGUUAUAGUGAAGAGAUUAAUGCGGCUGGUAUUAUCACUGGUAUUGGUCGAAUUUGUGGCCAAGAAUGUCUAAUCAUAGCCAAUGAUGCUACUGUCAAAGCUGGUACAUAUUAUCCACUAACAGUGAAAAAACAUCAACGUGCACAAGAAAUUGCACUGGAAAAUAAUCUACCUUGUAUCUAUCUGGUCGAUUCGGGUGGUGCAAAUCUUCCACAUCAGUCGGAAGUUUUUCCCGAUAAAACUCAUUUUGGUCGAUUAUUCUAUAAUCAGGCAAAUAUGUCUGCAAAAAAUAUACCACAGAUUUCGAUUGUUAUGGGUAGCUGUACGGCUGGUGGUGCAUACAUACCAGCCAUGUCCGAUGAAAGUAUCAUCGUUAAAGAACAUGGUACAAUUUUUCUUGCUGGACCACCAUUAGUCAAAGCAGCUACUGGUGAAGAGAUUUCUGCACAGGAUCUAGGCGGUGCUGAAGUUCAUACAUCCAUUUCAGGAGUUAGUGAUUAUUAUGCUGAAAAUGAAUUUGAAGCAUUGCAUAUGGCUCGAAAGAUUGUAUCAAAUUUGAAUCGCAAGAAAUUGUUACUCGAAAUGGAUGUAUUGCCCAAUGUGGAUGAACCAUUAUAUCCGAUCGAAGAUCUUUACGGAAUUGUUGGUUCGAAUCUAAAACAACCAUUCAACGUCAAAGAAGUGAUUGCUCGAAUUCUAGAUGGUAGUCGUUUCGAUGAAUUUAAACUACGUUAUGGUGAAACAUUAGUAACCGGUUUCGGUCACCUAUAUGGAUAUCCUGUCGGUAUUGUUGCCAACAAUGGUAUUCUCUUUUCUGAAUCAUCAUUGAAAGGUGCACAUUUUAUACAGCUUUGUGCAAGACGAAAAAUUCCAUUAAUUUUUCUACAAAACAUUACCGGUUUCAUGAUCGGUGGUGAUGCUGAACGUGGUGGUAUAGCUAAAAAUGGAGCAAAACUGGUGACGGCAGUUGCCUGUGCUCAGGUACCAAAAUUGACCAUGAUUGUCGGUGGUUCAUAUGGUGCCGGAAAUUAUGGAAUGUGUGGCCGGGCUUAUUCACCCAGAUUUUUAUACAUGUGGCCAAAUGCUCGUAUUUCGGUCAUGGGUGGUGAACAGGCUGCCAAUGUUUUGGCUACAAUAGCAAAAGAUCGUAAACACCGCGAAGGUAAAGAAUUGACCGAAACAGAAGAGACAAAAAUUAAACAACCAAUUUUGGAAAAAUUCGAACGUGAAGGCCAUCCAUAUUAUGCAAGCGCUCGUUUAUGGGAUGAUGGCGUCAUUGAUCCAGCCGAAUCAAGAAAAGUAUUGGGUCUAAGUUUAAGCGCAGCAUUAAAUGCACCGAUUCCUGAAACGAAUUUUGGAAUAUUUCGAAUGUAAAAAAAUGUCGUUUUUUUAUACAUUAUUGAUUUUUUUCUUUGAAAAAGUUACAAAUAAACAAAGCUAAUUAUUAAGGAAAUU